GAAGCAGUGGUUCAGUAUGAGCAAUACGAGCAAGAAAUGAAACAUUUACAGCAAAUGAUAGAGAGCGCCCAUCAUGAGAUCCAAGACAAGCCAAUACCAAGCAGCAACAUCCAGGAACUCCAGGUCCAGAUUUCACGUCAUGAGUUGAGAGAGGAGCUGGCUCAGAAGAUCAAAGGAUACCAGGAGCAAAUUGCUUCUUUGAAUUCGAAGUGCAAGAUGCUGACAAUGAAAGCGAAACAUGCCACCAUGCUGCUGACAGUGACAGAAGUGGAGGGGCUUUCAGAGGGAAUGGAGGAGCUGGAUGCAGACCUGCUUCCAGGACACCCCGCUCAUCCCUCAGUGGUUAUGAUGACUGCUGGUCGCUGUCACACGCUGCUCUCCCCUGUCACUGAAGAGUCUGGGGAGGAGGGAACCAACAGUGAGAUUUCUUCUCCACCUGCCUGUCGCUCUCCCUCACCUGUGGCUAAUACAGAUGCUUCUGUUAACCAGGACAUUGCUUAUUACCAAGCCUUAUCUGCUGAACAGUUGCAGACAGAAGCUGCUAAAAUUCAACCUAGCACUUCAGCCGCCCAGGAGUUUUAUGAACCAGGCUUAGAAUCAGCUGCUAGUGCCAAAUUGGACGAUUUGCAGCGUUCUUGGGAAACACUGAAAAAUGUGAUCAGUGAAAAGCAGCGCACCCUCUAUGAAGCUCUUGAGCGGCAACAGAAAUAUCAGGACACACUCCAGUCUAUAUCCACAAAAAUGGAGAGCAUUGAGAUCAAACUAAAUGAGAGUCUGGAACCAGCCAAAAGCCCAGAGAGCCAGAUGGCUGAACAUCAGGCUUUGAUGGAUGAGAUUUUAAUGUUACAAGAAGAAAUCACUGAGCUUCAGACGUCAUUAGCCCAGGAGCUGGUUUCAGAACCACUGGAUGCAGAAGCUGCUGAUCAGCUGGCAUUGCAGUCCACUCUCACAGUCUUGGCAGAACGAAUGGCCACGAUUCGAAUGAAGGCAUCAGGAAAACGACAACUAUUAGAGGAAAAACUGAACGAGCAGCUGGAAGAACAACGGCAAGAGCAGGCACUUCAGAGGUACCGUUGUGAAGCUGAUGAGCUUGACCACUGGCUACUCAAUACCCGAGCAACACUGGACACCACUCUGGUUACUGCUGAGGAACCUAUGGACAUGGAAGCACAGCUGGUAGACUGUCAGAACAUGCUGGUUGAAAUAGAGCAGAAGGUGGUGGCGUUGUCAGAGUUGUCUGUGCACAACGAGAACUUGCUUAUGGAGGGGAAGGCUCACACCAAGGACGAGGCAGAGCAGCUGGCUGUGAAGCUCAGGACGCUGAAGGGCAGCCUUCUGGAGCUGCAGAGAGUGCUCCACGACAAACAGAUCAACAUUCGGCAGGGAUCAUUACAAGAAAAGGAGGAGAGUGAUCUGGACUUUGUUUCCUCACAAAGCCCCAGUGUCCAAGAAUGGCUGGCACAAGCAAGAACCACUCGCUCACAGCAACAGCAGAGCACGCUGCGACAACAGAAAGAGCUGGAACAAGAGCUAGAAGAGCAGAAGAAUCUGCUUCGGUCAGUAGCGUGCCGUGGAGAAGAAAUCCUAACACAGCAAAGUGCUCCAGAAAGCCUAUCUAUAAGUGAGAAGCCCAAUACGUUCUCUGAAGAAUUAAGCUUGGAAGGUGAGAAGCCAUCAUCUGAGGAACAGAUGAAGGUGAAAUGGGAAAGCCUGAACCAGAAAUUCAAUACCAAGCAGAGACUGCUCCAGAAAGCUUUGGAACAAGAACAACUGCAGCUUUAUAGCAGACCAAACAGACUGAUAUCUGCAAUGCCUUUGUAUAAGGAGGAAGGACAGGAUGAAGAAAAAUCCUCAGUGUCACCAGUAUUGGUUGAAUUGAAUCAAGCCUUUGAAGAUGCGUCAUCUGAGGCUGGACGGAUGGAGGAGAGCCUGCAUCUUGAACAGAAGCUGUAUGAUAGUGUCACAGCCACUUCUUUGUGGCUAGAUGGUGUGGAAGAACAGGUCUUUGUUGCUACAGCACUGUUGCCAGAGGAAGAAACAGAAACAUACCUCAGCAAGCAAGAGUCUCUUGACAAAGAAAUCAAAAGCAUAACAGAAGAAAUGGAUAAGAACAAGAAUUUAUUUGCUCAGAUAUUUCCUGAGAAUGGUGAUAAUAGGGAUAUUAUAGAAGACACUUUGGAUUGUCUCCUGAGAAGACUGACCUUACUGGAGUCAGUAGUAAACCAGAGAUGCCAUCAGAUGAAAGAACAGCUCCAGGAAAUAGUGACUUUCAAGAGUGAUCUGAAGCUUCUGUUUACAUCAGUGGCUGAUAACAAAUAUUUAGUUCUACAGAAACUAGCAGAGGCAGUUGAAAGACCAGAAACAGAACAAAUGCAGGUCAUACUGCAGGCAGAAGAAGAUUUGAAGGAACUAGAUGCUGGAAUCAUUGAAUUAAAGAAGCGUGUAGACAAGCUACAAAUUGACCAACCUUCUGUGCAAGAGCUGUCUAAGAUCCAGGAUAAGUAUGAUGAGCUGAUGAUGAUCAUUGGAUCCAGACGCAGUGACCUGAAUCAGAAUCUGGCUCUUAAGAGGCAGUAUGAACGGGCUUUGCAGGACCUGGCUGACCUGGUAGAAACAGGCCAAGAAAAGAUGGCUGGUGACCAGAAAAUGAUUGUUGCUUCUAAGGAAGAGGUUCGCUUGCUACUUGACAAACAUAAGGAAUAUUUUCAGGGGUUGGAGGCUCACAUGAUCCUGACGGAAACGCUCUUUAGAAAGCUGAGUAGCUUUGCCCUCUUGAAGGAAACUCAGUCACAUUCAGAGCUAAUGACACAAGCUUCAGCUGUAUUGAAGCUGGCUCAUAAACGAGGUGUGGAGCUGGAAUACAUAGUAGAGACCUGGAUGCGUCUGGAUGAAGACUACCAGGAACUUACCAGUCAGCUGGAGUCUGUUGAAGGUAACAUCCCCGCUGUUGGUUUGGUGGAAGAGACGGAGGACAGGCUUACAGACCGGAUUGCACUUUUUCAG